CUCUCUCUCUCUCUCUCUCUUCCCAAUAAAUGUUUACACCGCUUGAAGAUGUUUUUUCACUUGAUGAAAUCUUAAACACAAACAGUGUUUUUCCGUCUCACGCGCGUCCAUGGAGGUUUCUUUCUAACCGCUGGCACAAGAUUUUGAAAUCCCGAAAAUUCUUGGACGGCAAGGACCAUGGCGAACGUGCAGAGCUCUGCCGCCUUGCUGCUCUGGAGCUUCCUGGCUGGUCUGAGCUUCUCUCUGAACGCGCGGGACCCCAACGUGUGCAGCCUGUGGGAGAGCUUCACCACAUCAGUGAAGGAGUCCUACUCGCAUCCUUACGACCACGUGACGGAGGAGCCCUGCUCCGACCCUCGCGCCUCCUACAGGUGCACGCGCCACAGGAUCACCUACAAGACGGCCUACAGGCAGGCGGUGAAGACGGACCACCGAAAGAGGUUCCAGUGCUGCCCGGGCUACUACGAGAGCAGAGACAGAUGUGUCCCUCGCUGCACCAAGGAGUGCGUCCACGGUCGGUGUGUCGCUCCGGACCGUUGCCAGUGCGAGGGAGGAUGGCGAGGCGACGACUGCUCCAGCGCCUGCGAUGACGCCCACUGGGGGCCGGCCUGCAGCCUGCAGUGCAAGUGUGAGAACGGCGCCGCCUGCGACCCCGCCAGCGGGACGUGUCAGUGUCCUCCGGGCUUCGCGGGACGCCACUGCGAGAAGUCGUGCCCGGACGGCAGAUUCGGGACGGGCUGCAAGCAGGAGUGCAAGUGCGGGACGGGGGGGUCGUGUGACAAGGCCACCGGAGAGUGUUUGUGUCGGGACGGAUUCACGGGGACUUUCUGUGAGAAGUUGUGUGCCCAGAAGUGUCAACCGCGAUGCCCCUGCCAGAACGGAGGCAUCUGUAAAGGCAAAGGGAUCUGCGAUUGCCCUCCUGGCUGGACGGGUCCAGUUUGCACAGUGCGAUGUCCAAAGGGAAGGUUUGGACAAAACUGUGCCCAGGAAUGUGUCUGCCAUAAUGGAGGCAAAUGUGACCCUGAAACUGGACAGUGCCAGUGUACUGAAGGGUUCACGGGUAACAGGUGCAACGAUGAGUGUGCUGCAGGCACUUAUGGUCAGGACUGUAAAGGUGUGUGCGACUGCGCCAACGGCGCGCGCUGCUACAACAUCCACGGCGGCUGCCUGUGCGAGCCGGGCUUCACGGGUCCACACUGCAGGGACAGAAUGUGCGCGCCGGACAAAUACGGCAUGCACUGCGAGCACAAGUGUCUCUGCCAGGAGAAGCAGACACUCAGCUGCCACCCGAUGAAAGGAGAGUGCACCUGCCAGCCGGGGUGGGCGGGGCUGUUCUGCAACGAGACCUGCGCCCUCGGCUUCUACGGCCCCGGCUGCCUGGAGCCGUGUCUGUGCGUGAACGGAGGGGUGUGCGACGUCGCCACGGGGGAAUGCCGGUGUGCCCCCGGGUACACGGGGGUUCACUGUGAAAAUCUUUGUAAAAGUGGCACCUAUGGCGAGAGCUGCUCCCUGGAGUGCUCCUGUGAAAACUUUGUUGACUGCUCGCCCAUUGAUGGGACUUGCUUCUGCAAAGAAGGCUGGCACGGACCGGAAUGUUCCACCCCCUGCUCCGAGGGAACCUGGGGCCCAGGAUGCAACACCACCUGCCACUGCGCCAACGGGGCAAAAUGUCACCCUGCAGAUGGAUCCUGCGCCUGCACAGCCGGCUGGCAGGGGGCGCGCUGCGACCACUCGUGCCCGAUGGGCACGUUUGGGCCAAGCUGCCUGAAGAGGUGUGAUUGUGUUCACGCCGACGGCUGCCAGGCAACAACCGGGGAGUGCCGCUGUCUGCCAGGCUGGUGGGGUCCCCGCUGCAGCGAGCCGUGUUCAGAGGGCCUGUGGGGGCGCCACUGUAACCAGACCUGUUUCAAGCAUUGCCCCAACAGCGACACGUGCUUGAGGGAAAACGGGGCGUGCGUGUGUCGCCAUGGCUACUGGGGGGUCACCUGUCAGAACAAAUGCAGAGCGGGCACGUACGGGGACCAGUGCGGUGAGUCGUGCUCGUCCUGUGGCCAGUCGUACCGCUGCCACCACGUGACAGGAGAGUGCGAUUGCCCCCCUGGACACACUGGACCCAACUGUGAUCAAGUUUGUCCGGUGGGCUACUACGGCAAACAGUGCUCUCAAGUGUGCGUCAACUGCGCCAACAACUCCACGUGCGACCACCGGGACGGUCACUGCGAAUGUCUGCCCGGCUGGACCGCCACUGACUGCUCCAAACCCUGCAGUCCAGGACAUUUCGGUCCAUUCUGCACUCAAACCUGCUCCUGUCCAAGCAACCUCGUCUGUGACCGACACACCGGAGACUGUGUGUGUGAAAGUGAGGGAGAGGACUGUAAGCAAGACUCUGUGAAGUCAGGGAGCGUGAUGGUCCCCCUGCCCCCCGGCGAGAGGGAGUCGUGGGGAGCCAUCGGCGGCAUCGUGGUGCUCGUCCUCUUGGUGGUCCUGCUGCUCGCUCUGCUGCUGCUGUACCGCCGCCGGCAGAAGGACAAGCAGAGCAACACGCCGACUGUGUCCUUCUCCGCCGGCCGCACCGUCAGCUCCGAGUACACCGUUCCAGAUGUCCCUCACAGCUACCACCACUACUACUCCAACCCCAGCUACCACACGCUGAGCCACAACAGGCCUCCACUGCCCCACCUCCCCAACAACCACGACCGCACCAUCAAGAACACCAAUAACCAGCUGUUCUGCAGUGUGAAGAACAUGGAGAGGGAGAGGCGGGGCCUGUUUGGGGUCGAGAGCAACGCCACCCUGCCCGCGGACUGGAAGCACCACGAGCCUCGCAAAGACUCAGGAGCUUUUGGAAUCGAUCGGAGCUACAGCUACAGCGCCAGCCUCGGGAAAUACUACAACAAAGAGCUGAAGGAGGCGGCGGCGGCGGCGAGCAGCGGCUCUCUGAACAGCGAGAACCCUUACGCCACCAUCAAAGACCUGCCCGGUUUGCCCUUCGGCCCCCCGGAGUGCAGCUACAUGGAGAUGAAGUCCUCCGUGCCCAGGGAGCGAGCGUACACCGUGGUCAGCACGCCGCCCUUCACCGCCGCCACGUUACGACGAGAGCGUCAGAGCUCCCUCGGCCACGCCCCCUACGAGGACCCCCAGAGCCACUACGACCUCCCCGUCAACAGCCACAUCCCGGGACACUACGACCUGCCCCCUGUCCGCCGGCCCCCCUCCCCCAGGAGAACACCCCAGUGACAGCCACCGCCGACACCCCCCCCACGGACCAUUUCAGGCCUGUGCAAACUUUUAGCCCCCCCCCUUACAAAGCACCGCCUAGGAGUCUGUCCUUCAGAGGAACUGUUUACUAUAUAACCCCCCCCUCCCCCAAGUCAACUCAACACUGCCUCUCUGUGGGCUUUAAGGGGUACUGGUCUCACCGUGACAGACUUGUCAUCCAGGCUGCAGGGAGGGGGCCUUCAACUGCAUCUACAUCUCAUGGGGGAAAACGAGCCGGGAGACUUGAGACUAAAAAGCAACGACUGGGGAGUUUUUACUCUGAUGAACAUUCUGCAAUUGAAGUUUUUUUUUUUUUUUAUACACGUGGGUAUUUUUCUAUUUCCGUUUGUAUCAGGCAGCUUUAGAUGAAUUUAUCACAGCUGGAUUUCCUUUUGUGUUCAUUGAAACUGAAAAAAGGUUAAGACCUUUUUAGAGGCGUUUGUUUUGUUCAGCUAGAGUCCUGCCAGUCUCCAUCGGAGACAUUAAACGCUUGUGAUAUUCAGGCGUCAGAAACCGGGUUGUUUCACCAACGUGCCAAAGAGGAAUAUUUUGAUGCAUAUCACAGUCUGUUUGUUAGAACAAAUGUGGCUCAUAUGAAACCUUUGUAAAUAUAGAAAUGAAUAUAUUAUUCACAGUAAGGGGGGAAAAAAAAAACCUUCGUUUAAGGGGCUGGUGACCAAAGGUCGCACACAUUUGCUCACCAAUACACACAAUCAUGAACCAUCAGAUGUGGGAUUACAAGCCACAUCAGAGCAGCGUUACGAAUGUCAAAGCAGUGACUUACAGCGGUUUAAGUCUUGUGUGGUAUUUUAAAGGGACAGUUCACCCACAACAAAGAAAUUUACUUUUAAACCUUUUUUCCCCAUUUUGGUCAGUUUUGUGUAGCUUCUAAACAAUUAUAGAAAUGUCAAAGCAUUUUGUGUUUGAUCAAAUUAAGUGAUUCCUUCAAUUAGAUGAGACGCUGUGUACCAGAGAGCAUGUACAUUGUGCUUUAAAUAGCUUUGUGUAGAGUCAGCAUUUUUUUUAUGUACAACAUAUCUUUGAAUGUAACGUGUGUAUAAUGUAAAUAAAAUCAGCUGCACUUUU